UAAAGAAGCUAAUUGAUCAAGAAACUGAGUCCCAGGAGAGGAAGGUGCAAGAAAAGGAGAAGAGGAUCAAGGCUCUGAAAGAAGAGCUGACCAAGCUGAAGUCUUUUGCUUUGAUGGUGGUGGAUGAACAACAAAGACUUACAGCUCAGCUUGCCCUUCAAAGACAGACAAUCCAAGACCUGACCACAAGGGCAAAGGAAACACAUGCUAAACUAGCCCUUGCUGAAGCCAGAGCUCAGGAAGAAGAGCAGAAAGCAACCAGGCUAGAAAAAGAACUGCAAACACAGACCACAGCAUUUCACCAGAACCAAGACAAAAUUAUGGCGAAGCUCACCAACGAGGACAGUCAAAAUCACCAACUCCGACAAAAGCUGGCAGCGCUCAGCCGACAAAUUGAUGAGUUAGAAGAGACCAACAGGUCUUUAAGAAAAGCCGAAGAGGAGCUGCAAGAUAUAAAAGAAAAGAUCAACAAGGGAGAAUAUGGAAACACUGGCAUCAUGGCUGAAGUGGAUGAACUCAGGAAGCGUGUGCUGGAUAUGGAGGGGAAAGAUGAGGAGCUCAUAAAAAUGGAGGAGCAGUGCAGAGAUCUCAAUAAGAGGCUAGAGAAAGAGGCAGCACAGAGUAAAGACUUCAAACUAGAGGUUGAAAAACUUAGUAAAAGGAUUACGGCUCUGGAAAAAUUAGAAGAUGCUUUAGACAAAAGCAAACAAGAAUGCUACUCUCUGAAAUGCAAUUUAGAAAAAGAAAAGAUGACCACAAAGCAGCUGGCUGAAGAACUGGAGAGUUUAAACGCCAGGAUCAAAGAGCUAGAAGCCAUUGAAAGUCGGCUGGAAAAGACAGAAUUCACCCUAAAGGAUGAUUUAACUAAACUGAAAACAUUAACUGUAAUGCUUGUAGAUGAACGCAAAACAAUGAGCGAAAAAUUAAAGCAAACUGAAGAUAAGUUACAAACCACUGCCUCUCAGCUCCAGGCAGAGCAAAGUAAAGUGACAACAGUGACUGAGAAGUUAAUUGAGGAAACUAAAAGGGCACUCAAGUCCAAAACUGAUGCAGAAGAGAAGAUGUGCAGUGUAACCAAGGAGAGAGAUGAUCUCAGAAAUAAACUCAAAGCAGAAGAAGAAAAAGGACAUGAUCUAUUGUCCAAAGUGAAUAUAUUAAAAAAUAGGCUUCAAUCACUGGAAGCAAUUGAGAAAGAUUUUGUAAAAAACAAAUUAAAUCAAGACUCCAGUAAGUACACAACAGCAUUACACCAAGAAAACAAUAAGAUUAAAGAGCUCUCUCAAGAAGUGGAAAGGCUGAAGCUGAAGCUAAAGGACAUGAAAGCCAUUGAAGAUGACCUCAUGAAAACAGAAGUUGAGUACGAGACCUUAGAACGGAAGUACGCUAACGAGAGGGACAAGGCUCAAUUUCUGUCUGAAGAGCUGGAACAUGUUAAAAUGGAACUUGCCAAGUACAAGUUAGCAGAAAAGACAGAAUCCAGCCAUGAGCAAUGGCUUUUCAAGAGGCUCCAAGAAGAAGAGGCAAAGUCAGGCCAUCUGUCAAGAGAAGUGGAUGCAUUAAAAGAGAAAAUUCAUGAGUACAUAGCAACAGAGGACCUAAUAUGUCACCUCCAGGGAGACUACUCAGUCCUGCAAAAGAAACUAAACCAACAAGAAAACAGGAACAGAGAUUUAGGAAGAGAGAUUGAAACCCUUACUAAAGAGUUAGAAAGGUAUCGGCAUUUUAAUAAGAGCCUCCGACCUAAUCUCAAUGGAAGAAGAAUCUCUGACCCUCAAGUAUUUUCUAAAGAAGUUCAAACAGAAGUAGUAGACAAUGAGCCACCAGACUACAAGAGCCUCAUCCCUCUAGAACGAGCAGUCAUCAAUGGUCAGUUAUAUGAGGAGAGUGAGGACCAAGAUGAGGACUCUAAUGAGGAAUCUGUGCUGUCCUUCAAAUGCAAUCCAUCAACUCCCCUUCCUAUGAACAGGAAACUAUGGAUUCCUUGGAUGAAAUCCAAGGAGGGCCACCCCCAGAAUGGAAAAAUACAAACUAAGUCCAAUGGUAACUUUGUGCAACCUGGAGAUCUAGUCCUAAGUCACACUCCUGGGCAGCCUCUUCACAUAAAGGUAACUCCAGACCAUGCCCAAAAUACAGCCACUCUUGAAAUCACAAGUCCAACCACAGAGAGUCCUCACUCGUACACCAGCACAGCAGUGAUACCAAACUGUGGCACCCCAAAGCAAAGGAUUACCAUUCUCCAAAAUGCCUCCAUAACACCAGUGAAGUCCAAAACCGCUACGGAAAGUCUUGUGAACUUGGAGCAAAGUAUGCCCCCAGUUACCAUGGCAACCUUUGCCAGAGCACAGACCCCAGAGUCCUGUGGUUCUGUAACUCCGGAACGGACAAUGUCACCUAUUCAGGUUUUGGCUAUGGCUGGUUCAGCUAGUUCUCCUGAGCAGGGUCGCUCCCCAGAGCCAAUAGAAAUCGGUGCCAAGCACGCAAUUUUCAGAGUCUCACCAGACCGGCAGUCAUCAUGGCAGUUUCAACGUUCAAACAGUAACAGUUCAAGUGUGAUAACUACUGAGGAUAAUAAAAUCCACAUUCACUUAGGAAGUCCUUACAUGCAAGCUGUCGCCAGCCCCGUGAGACCUGCCAGCCCCUCAGCACCCCUGCAGGAUAACAGAACUCAAGGCUUAACUAAUGGGGCACUAAACAAAACAACCAAUAAAGUCACCAGCAGUAUUACUAUUACACCAACAGCCACACCUCUUCCUCGACAAUCACAAAUUACAAUCAAAGGAGUAUGCAAGCAGAGAAUUCCAACAAGGAUCCCCAAACCCAAAUCUACAGGCAUCAGUAGACUUUCCUGCAAAAUAGCCCUGGGACCUAUGGCUAAGCCUAGUCACCAAAAUGGCUGUGAGAAAUUACACAUCAUAAGAACUGUCACUGCUAACACAUUCCUCCACAUAGAAGGGAAAAGGUAAGUCAUACCUAUGUACUGUCUAGGAAGAUUCAUCUCCAGAAGCAUCUGGGAAGCUACAACCACUGAAGGUCAGAGAGGGAUGGCCAUCUCUCCAGAAAAUGGUGAAGAAGCCAACUGACCUACGGCUCACAGGUUGAUGGACCUGCUAAAGGGCAUGGUCAUAGAAGUAGUGCAUGACCAAUUUCUAAAUGGAUUUUUACUUUAAAAAAAAAAUCUCAUUCAAGACCGUGUCACUGAAUCAAGAGAAAGGAGUAAUUCUAGUUCAGUGUGGACACGGGCACCAUGACAUUUCUAAGAUGAGGCAUUUCUGACUAGAUUUCAUGCCUUCACAAAGCCUCAGGGCUUGGGGGUGCCACUGAUUUCUAUGACCCAUCAGGAAACACUGGAGGCAUGGGCCUGGAAGAAAUCCUCCUGACUGAGGACUACACUUCAGCUAGCUUUCUACAGUGAGCCCCAGAGCAGAAGCCAAGGAACUGCCAUUCCCAUACUCAUAUGGUCAAUCUAUUUCAAUGCAUACACCCAGGGGCCAUUUAAUGAAGAGAGGGAUGGGGGAGAGAGGAAGAAAUAGGAGGAAAAGCAGGGAGCUGGGCAGCACUGAGCUAUGCAAGCUCAAGAGAAAUGGUGUAGAGUAUCAAGCAAGUGGUAGAGGAAGACUGUGGGGAGGAUAAUGAGUUACAAGACAGAAAGAGAAGUCCAAGUUAAAGGCAAGGCGUAAGUGAAUAGAAAAGAGCCUAUGAAUGAAGAUCAGGAAAUUCUGACGACAGAAGCAAGACACACAGAGUGUACACAGCAGCAUGCUGAGAAAAGGCAGGUGUUUAAUACAUCUCAAGUAAAUUCAAGAUGAGGAAUGAGCUAGAGAAAGGCCAUUCACCCAAGACACAAGUGAGAAACGAGGCUUAAGAGGCAGCAGUGAAGUAUGAUAGGGAUGGGAAAAUAGUUAUGCCUGGGUACCAUCUCAUACUCCUACCGCUCUGGAGCAGAAUCAGGAGGCAGAAGAGAAAGGAUCAUGAGUGUAAGGAGAGCCUGAGCUGUUAUACUGUCUCAAAAAAAAAAUGCUGAGGCUACAGCUCUGGUAGAGAGAACACUUGUCUAGCAUGUACAAGGCCAGCAACACACACACACAUACACACACACACACACACACACACACACACACACACACACACACAGGAAAAA